CUGUGCGACUGCUGGUGUCAGAGGCGGUGAUGUCUGGCAGUGAAUUGGAGGUAUUGUUGCUAGGCUGGAGGCGUUGUGGAGGCAAUUAGGUUUGAUAGAGAGUAGGCAAGUGAGUCUAAUUUAGCGGAUUUGAAGAUUUUGGUGCAUUUUUGGUAAAUUGGAUUUUGGCGGGGAUGGCGGCGCCCGCUUUGUCAGUGCUACUAGAGCGGAGCCCCGCAAGUGCUCUGUAUGCUUCCGCUGCAGACUCGAGCUCGCGUUCUGGCGCUUGGAUUGCUGGGAGUGCAGCGGGAGGGCUGGUGCUUAUGCCGGUGCCGCGGUUGCGACGGAGUAUGUCUAUGGCAUGCUUGCGAUCUUCCGCCCGCUCUUUGCUGCGCGCGGCUGCGACUAAGAAUCCGACCUUCAAAUCAGCUCGGGUCCAGCGUGGUAUCGUUUCUAGGCAGACUUUGAGGGCCAGUCCUCUUUCCAGGAGUGUCAGGGCACUUGGCUCACAGUCAUAUUUCAGCAACAAUCUUCUUCACUUGCGGGAUUCGGUGUCUAGUCGUGUUCAGUGUACAUUAGCAGCCCAGCCUCAGGACACCAUGGCGAAGGAUGAGGUUGUCAAGGAGGGUCCCAAGGAAAUCUUUCUUAGGGAUUACAAGGCACCAGAUUAUGCUUUUGAAAAGGUAGAUUUGAAAUUCGAGUUGGGGGAGGAGAAGACAUUAGUUACAUCCAACAUUCGCGUCCUUCCUAAAUCUUCUGGUGCCCCAUUGAUACUUGACGGUGACUCAAGCUUGAAAUUAGUUACUUUGAAAAUCAAUGGCUCAUCCGUACCGGAGGAAGAUUUUAAGAUCACUCCGCGGAAAUUGCACUUGACUUCACUGCCUACUGGUCCCUUUGAGUUGGAAAUUGUGACCGAGAUCGAGCCACAGAACAACACUUCUUUAGAAGGGCUGUACAAGUCAUCUGGGAAUUUCUGCACCCAAUGUGAAGCAGAGGGUUUCCGCAAGAUCACCUACUACCAGGACCGUCCUGAUGUUAUGUCUAAGUUCACAACACGCAUAGAAGCCGAUAAAGCCCUUUACCCAGUGUUGUUGGGUAAUGGCAACCUGAUCGAGGAAGGUGACUUAACAGAUGGCAAGCAUUAUGCAGUGUGGGAGGAUCCAUGGACCAAACCUUGCUACUUAUUUGCACUGGUAGCUGGUCAACUUGUAAGUCGUGAUGAUACUUUCACCACUAUGUCAGGCCGCAAAGUCGUUCUACGAAUUUGGACUCCUCCACAAGAUAUUCCUAAGACCGACCACGCAAUGAAGUCUUUAAUCAAUUCUAUGAAAUGGGACGAAGAGGUAUUCGGCUUGGAGUAUGAUCUAGACCUCUUCAACGUUGUUGCUGUGCCAGAUUUCAACAUGGGUGCUAUGGAGAAUAAGAGUUUGAACAUUUUCAACUCGAGGUUGGUUUUGGCGUCUCCUGAGACAGCCACAGACUCAGACUACGCUGCUAUUGAGGGUGUUAUUGGCCACGAGUAUUUUCACAACUGGACAGGAAAUCGGGUGACAUGCAGGGAUUGGUUUCAGCUUAGUUUGAAGGAAGGUCUUACUGUAUUUAGAGAUCAGGAAUUCUCAUCUGACAUGGGUAGCCGUGGAGUAAAGCGUAUUUCUGAUGUGUCCCGGCUACGAAUUUCUCAAUUUCCUCAGGAUGCUGGUCCGAUGGCACAUCCUGUGCGACCUCAGUCCUAUAUAAAGAUGGAUAACUUCUACACCGUUACUGUUUAUGAGAAGGGUGCUGAGGUCGUCCGUAUGUAUCAGACUUUGCUUGGAAAGGAAGGCUUUAGAAAGGGUAUGGAUUUGUACUUCCAAAGGCACGAUGGUCAGGCUGUUUCUUGUGAGGAAUUUAUGGCGGCCAUGUUUGAUGCCAAUGAUGCGAAGUUCCCUACGUUCCCUCUUUGGUAUGCUCAAGCAGGUACUCCGAUUCUGACUGUCACCACCUCUUAUGACGCUGAUGCGCAAUCUUUCACGAUCAAGUGCAAGCAAGAAGUUCCCCCCACAGCAGGCCAGCCACAGAAGGAGCCAAUGCUUCUACCUCUGGCUGUGGGACUUCUUGACUCACAAGGAAAUGACAUGCGUCUGAGCUCUGUUAAGGAUGGCGCUUCACUUCACAAUUUGAGCAGUUCGGAUGGUGAUUUUACCACUACUGCUGUAUUGCAUGUUGACAAGGCCGAGCAAGAGUUUACAUUUUUGGGCAUUACUGAGAAGCCAGUCCCAUCAUUGUUGCGGAACUUCAGUGCGCCGGUGCGCCUAGUCUCUGAUGUUACAGAUGACGAGCUAUUUUUUCUCCUGGCUCAUGAUUCUGAUCAAUUUAACAGGUGGGAAGCUGGUCAGACUCUAGCUCGCAAGCUUAUGCUGGACUUGAUUUCUAAGCAACAGAAGGGAGAAGAGCUUAACGUUAACAGUGCUUUUAUUGAGGGCAUCCGCAGUACCGUAACGAACUCCUCCCUCGACAAGGAGUUUGUGGCGAAAUGUAUGUCGUUACCUGGAGAAAGUGAGAUUGCCGACCUUAUGGAGGUGGCUGAUCCAGAUGCCAUACACACUGUUAGACGGUUUGUUAUUAAACAAAUUGCUGCGAGCCUUCGCGAGGAACUUCUGAGCACGGUGGAAGAAAAUCGUAGUUCUGCUGCUUAUGACCCCAGCCACGAGCACAGAGCUCGGCGGUCUUUGAAAAAUAUUUCAUUGAGUUACAUGGCAUCUUUGAAUGAACCUGAGAUAACGGAAUUGUUAGUGAAUGAAUAUAAGAAUGCUACAAACAUGACCGAUCAAGUUUCUGCUCUAGCUGCACUCUGUCAGAACCCUGGAGAUGCUCGCUCUCAGGCUCUAUCAGACUUCUACGACCAGUGGAAGGAAGAGGCUUUGGUCAUGAACAAAUGGCUAGCUUUGCAAGCUAUGUCUGAUGUUCCAGGCAAUGUUGAGCAUGUGCGGAGUCUGCUGGAGCACCCUGCUUUUGACAUCCGUAACCCCAACAAGGUUUAUUCUUUGAUUGGUGGUUUCUGUGCGUCCGCUGUCAAUUUCCACGCCAAGGACGGUUCAGGGUACAAGUUUUUGGCCGACAUUGUUCUUGAGCUGGAUAAGCUGAAUCCUCAGGUUGCAUCACGCAUGAUUUCGGCUUUCACUAGAUGGAGGAGGUUUGAUGAAGAAAGGCAAGCAUUGACCAAAGCACAGUUGGAGCGAAUAAAAAGCCAGGACGGUCUAUCUGAUAAUGUUUUUGAGAUUGCCUCAAAGAGUCUGGCUUCAUAGGAUUUGAAGAUAGGUGAUCGGUGAUGCACAUUUUUGUUGGUUACAAGAAGCUUGUGCAGAUAACGCAAAUUUCCUUGGAUACUUCUGUACCCAUGUUUUUUCUGAGGUUUAUAUAUACAUAUAUACAUGCAUAUAUAUAUAUAUUGGGACCAAAUCAGGGUCAACUCUUUUUCCUCUCGAUAAUAAAUUGUUUUUCUUGGAAUCGAUUUA